AUGAUACUAAGAGAACAAAAAAGAGUUUGUUAUGCUAAGAGCUCACCAGGGAUUAAUUCGCUGAAAUUAGAUUACAAAGAAUUUGAGGAUUGGAUACAUCAACCUGAUGAUGAUUUAACAGCUGUAAUAGAAAAUGAUAUAGAUGAGUUCUUUUUAUAUUAA